AUGGGCUGUUUCUCUCGUCUACUGUUCCUGCUCCUUCUGGUCACUCCCCUACUCGCGCUGCUUCAGUACCCCUCGCCCACGUUCGCCAACCUUCCGAAGACCGAGCAUGCGCCGGAAGGACACCGCAGCCGGCGUUGGGUUCUCGAGGUGAGCAGAGCUAACUAACUGAUAAUCAGUGAUUCCCUUACAGACCGCAGAGACUAUGAAUAAGGUCGUGGACUUCGACGAGGCUCAGAUGAUGAUCGAUGGAAAAGAGAAAGAAGAUGACGUCGCCCGCCCGUUGCGCGUCAAGAGAGACUGGUUCGCCACCAUGUCUCCGGAAGAGGUAGCUAACGUUUGAAACUAAACCACAAGAACCAUUCCAAGUUUCAGGUCCGCGAUGCCAGAACCCUUCUGGAGAUGUCAAUCAAGCGCCGACACCACUAA